AUGCCUCGGAGUCCAGUUUUUGUUCUGUCUUGCCUUAUCACCUUUCUCAUCCUUGCACUUUCAUGUGUCGGCGAAAGUGCAGAUGACCCUAACUCAGCUGAGGUCAAAGAAGCCGUGCGGCCUGUGUUCAUGCCUGAAUCGGACGCCUCCACCUUUUUCAAACGACGCAGUCGCCGCUCGGUGAGAUACUACGAGCAGCUGGCUGAGCAAAGGGUGUUUCGGGCGAACGCGGAGCGUCGAAGGGAGUACAACGAGGAACAACGCAACGAGUACGAGAACUACGCAGAAGAAGAUCGAACUGAGCAACAGGAAAGAACAAGAGAGAAAUACGAGCAAGUCCGAGAGUACAACUAUGACGGUCGUUAUCCUCGAUUUCACUGGUUUCACUGA